GAUCCCCCUCCCGGGUGAUUGACAGCUGGGUCUUGUUUCCAGCGGAAACCCGGGACACGCGCGCUGAAGCAGGAAUGACGCGUCUUUGAAAAUGAUUGUUUCAUCUAAAAGUACUUUGGUAACUUCGCACAGUUAGUGGUGAAGAGGAUCUCUGUCUGAGUCGGGGGAAGAAAGCUCCGAGGAAUGCCGGGAAAGGAAACCAGCCGGCCCUACCGCGAGUUCAACGAUGAUGAGGAGGACGAGGGCAACGCUCAGUCUCAGGACUCUUUUGAUGACACCAUUGAAGACCGGGGACCGGACUUGCCCAACGGCAGCAUCACGCCAGAUGACGACCGGGGGGGGAGCAGCCCACCCAUGAGAUUCAGUAAAACCUGCGUGAAAAACGUGUUCACGGUGGUGCUGAUCUUCAUCUACCUGCUGCUGACGGCCGUGGCCGUCUUCCUGGCCUACCAGACCAUCUCCGACUUCCUGGAGAAGCUCAGCCAGCCCGUCAUGUCGGUCACCUACCAAGAAGUGGACUCGUUUUCAAGGCCCGGAAUCGCUCUGUACCCCGGCAACGCUCAGCUGCUGAGCUGCAGACACCACUACCACGACUACAUCCCCCCUCUGCUGCACCCCGGCCAGCCCGAGGAGGGAGACUGUGAGAUCACACAAGUGAGCUACAUCGGCCCGUUCUCCAAUCGGACCGAGAAGCUGGCCGUCGUGGUCCAGGGCCCGUCUGACGUCAGAAACAAAGAGCUGGUCUUCAUGCAGUUCAGUCAGAAUGAAACGCAGGAGGACUUCAGCGCCAUCACUUACAUGCUUUUUGCUAAGUUUAGUGACUUGACUGACAGCACAAACAAGUCCGAGUUCAUGAGGGACUGUGAGAGGAACUACUCCACCUGGACCUUCUCGGGCGGAUUCAGGACCUGGGUCAAAAUGUCUUUCGUGAAAACAUCGGGAAAAAGUAACGAAGCCGUUGAGUUUCGGCAAGAGUCUGCUGUUGUGAAAUUCAACGAUAAAAGGCCUGAAGCAGAACAAACCAACCAGCUGUUUUUCGCUGUCUUUGAAUGGCGGGAUCCUUUUAUGCAGGAAAUCAGAGUGAUAGUGACUGCGAAUCCCUGGAGCUCCAUAGCCAUCCUCUGCGGGGUCUUCAUGGCUCUCUUCAAAGCUGCUAAUUUUGCAAAACUCACCAUCAAAUGGAUUAUUACGAUGCGUAAGAGGCACCUGAAGUACAAAGCAAGGGAGCUGAACCAAAUAAACUGAAACACUUUCCAGAAAAACACACACGCUGACAGAUAAGGGACAAACAAUACAAGGUGUUUUAUUUCACACUGAAUUCAUUUCCUACACUAAGUAAUCAUUGAUGAGAAUGAUUAGCACUAAGGGAACAUUUGCCAGAAUGUAAUAUUUGAUAGAUUUUAUUGCUUCCAUUCCCAGAUAACAUAGAGGAAUAAGUGUAAUGAUUAGUCAGUUGUUUGAUUUAAAGGGCACAUAAAGUGGUCAUUGUAUUUCAAAAGGAUAUACACUUAAACAUUCCACCUUUGUGAGGGUCACCAUAGUUCCCCCUUUUAUUCCCCCUUUUAACUGGGUUUGGGACCGGGGCAUUGAGGUGACUCAACUGACUUUACCCAGACAAAAAUUCAGUGUGUUGUGGAAACAGAAACAUGUCACUGACAGCUGGAAAAUUUUAAAAGCUUACUUUUACAAUAUAUUUAGCAUGUAAAACUCUGACAAUGUGAAGUUGAUGAAACUGUUGCUCAUGAUACUGAUUUUAAAGUCAUCUGUGAAUAUGUGUAUUUUUUUAUAGUAGAAUUUUACCAAGUAUCACUAUUUCCUUGAAAGGGAUUACCAACAACUGUCUCAAUCUGCUGUUUAUUUUUGUAGCAUUUGUGGUAAAUGUUAUUAUGGCAGUAAUGUUGUCAUUUGCUGUUGAAAUUAACUUGAAUUUUGAACUUGUUGUUUGUCAAUAUCAAAUACUUUUAUUUUUAGAGAUUUUGAAAAAUGAAUUGAUUUUCCACCCUGAAUAUUAAUAAAUUCAUUUGACAA